GCAAGCUGUGUAUAACUUGCUUGCCCUCUGACUGCAGAGCUUAGGUUGAAAAAAGUACUGUAAGGGUUAAUUUCCUUUCCCCAGCUACAGACUUUGUGUCGCCCUGCUUUUCCUCCCCCUCCCUCCUAAACUGCCCAGAGACUUGAGAGCUGGGGAUCACACCAAUCAUGGGUGUGCUUUUUUCCCGGGUUUUUACCCUCCUCCCACCGGUUUAAAAGGGAGAUCUCUCCUCCUUCACCUCAUUCUGCCCCUCGUACCCGGAGAAUUUUGUUGCUGCCGGAGUGGGUAUGGACUUGGUCUCUCAACUUAGGGCUCGGGUGGAACAGGAGGGUGAGGGGUGGCUGACUCGUUUGCUUGCUGAGAUCGCCUCCCCUCCUGUCCCACCAUCGGCUGCAGCGUCUUCCUUGGGAGGUAGGCGGUCCUCCAGGCAGUCCCGCCCUCCUGUCCGUCUCAGCCCUGGUCUCUCUGCUUCCCCUGCUGUGCAGGGAGGUCAGUCACGUGGAGCUUCCUCCUUGAGACAGCGUGCCUCUUCCGGUCUCCAGCAGUCCCAGCCUGCAGCACCUCCAGUCUCCUCUACUGCCAUGGGGGCGCAGGCCAGCUGUAGCUCCUCCGGUGAGUCUGUGGUCCCUCCGACUCCUGGCCCUGUGGAUGCAGCUCCUGCCCUAUUUUCUACCCCUGUUGAUGCUGCUUCACCCUUGCUGUUCCCCCCUACCCAGGAGGCCCCCUCUCCAUCUGCGGCUGCAGGGGACGCCUCUCAGGCUGUGUUUGUGCAGCCUCUUCCACCCCCCCCUGUCCUGCCCUCUCCUGUCCCUCCACUAGCUGCUGCUCCUGCUGUUUCAGCUGUCCCUCCUCCUGCUCCUCCAGCUGUUGCCAGGGGGGACAGGGAGCGUUCCUGUGCUAGCUCCCAUGGCCGUUCCCCCUCUAGGUCCGGGCGAGGGCACAGGCGUUCUCGCCGCCGCUCUCGCUCUGGGUCUAGGAGCAGGUACAGGCGAUUGUCCAGGUGUUCCAGAUCCCCCAGGCGGUGCAGGCGCUCCAGGUCCUCCCGCUGGAGGUCUCCUUCCACUUCUUCUGGUUCAGGCUCCUCUGAUGCGGGAUCCAGGCGUGCUUCCAGGCGUCGUUCUGGUUCUCGGCGCCGGUCAAGUCGGCGGCCGGUUCCCGGAGCUUCGGUGCCUGCGGUGGUGCCUGUACCCCAGUCGUCCAGUGCUGCUGUUCCUCAGUCCAGUGUUCUUCACCUGUCGUCCAGUGCUGCGGUUCCAGGAGUUGGUGUUCCUUCUACGUCCACUGGAGAUGGAUUUUCGGCAGUUGCUUCCUCAGGCGGAUCCAGAGGGGUGCCCGUGUCCGGGCAUCCUGUGGGACAUCGUGGAGACUGCUUGAUGUCUUUAGUCAGGUCCUCUGUGGCUCCGGCCACCUGGUCAUCUCACGGUAAGGCAUGGGCUGAGUGGUUGGAUUUGGUGGGUGAUCGUGAUGUUGCAGGUGCUGUGCCGGAUAGGCUGGAGGUUACCUUAGACUAUCUGCUGGCGCUGCGCGGGCGCGGGUUUUCGGGUUCGGUUGCUGCUCGCCGAAUGUCCGGGGUGGCUUUUUAUUUUCAGCUUUUGGGCUGGUCGGAUGUCACGAAAUUUUUCGUGGUCCGUCAAGCUUUGAAGGGCUGGUCUCGGGAGCGGGUUUGCCUUGAUGUGCGUCGUCCGGUAUCUUUUCCGCUUUUGCUGAAAUUGGUUGUGGCGUCGCGCCAGGUUUGUUCUUCGUAUUUUGAGUCUGUUUUGUUUUCCACGGCUUUUGCGCUGGCCUUUUUUGGGGCUAUGAGAAUUGGGGAGCUUAUCCCUCCUUCUCGCUCGCGUCCGGGGGGUCUGGGUGAGUCGGAUAUUUUUCUUGGAGAGGGUUUUGUUCGGGUGCGUAUUGGUAAGUCGAAAACUGACCAGGCGGGCCGUGGCACGUGGCUUUUGCUUUAUGCGGUUAAUGGCGAGGCUUGUCCUUUUCAGCUGGUUUCUUCCUUUUUGCUUUUGCGGCCCCGUGGCCCCCUUUUUCUUCUGCAUGAGGAUGCUUCUCCCCUUACUCAGUUUCAGUUUUUGGCUCUUUUCCGGCGGUGUCUUUCGUUCGUGGGUCUUGAUUUUCGGGAGUUUGGUACCCAUUCUUUUCGUAUUGGUGCUGCUACGGAGGCCGCCCGUGCGGGUUUGUCAGAGUCGGAUGUUCAGCGCGUCGGGCGCUGGCGUUCUGCUUGUUAUGCUCGGUAUAUUCGCCCUGACCUUUUGAUUGAUUUUUAAUUUCUUUUCCAGAGUUUGAUCGGCCGGUGGUCUGGGUGUUGGGGCACUCCUAUGUCUUUCGUGCUGCUCAGCGGGCGGAGAUUCGUCCUGGUGGCCGGAACUUAGGAUUCCAAGGGGUCGAGGUGUGCUGGAGAGGCAUUGGCGGUUUGAGAUGGCCCCAAGUUCUGUCCGAAGUGGUUGGCAUCAGCAGGUUUUCCCGGGGGCCGGUUCUGUUGGCUUUGCACGUUGGCGGCAACGAUUUGUGUUACACUCCCUUGGCUGAGCUUCUCACCAUGAUGAGGGCCGAUUUAAUACGUUUCUCUGGGUUUUUCUCUGAGCUUCUCCUUCUCUGGUCGGAGAUUGUUCCUCGGGUUUUAUGGACAGGUGCUAGGGAUCCGGUGGCAGUGGAGAGGGCGCGCCGCACGGUGAACGCGCGAAUGUCUCGAUUCGUGCGCCUCCGGGCUGGCGUGGUGGUCCGUCAUGUGCAGUUGGAGGGGGAUAACGGUCGGUUGAUGAGGCCUGAUGGGGUGCACCUGACGGAUAUUGGUUUGGACAUCUUUUUGUCCGGUUUGCAGGAUGGGAUCGAGCAUGGUCUUUAUCUGUUGGGUGGGGGUCGGAGCCCAGUGUAGGUGUA